AUGGGAGCAGGACAAGCGAAACAACAUAAUAUGGGUAAGAGGAAAGAAGAGAAGAAGCUUCGUUACUUAGUUAUCAAAGUGAGUGAGAACAGUCCUGCAAGUGAGUGUAACAUAGAAAUAUUUUUCGACUACAUUGUUCAAGCUGAUAAUUUGAAAUUAUUAGAUGGGUUUAGAUACACAUAUGAUAAUUUCGUAGAGAAGUUGAGACAAAAUGAAAACAAAGAAUUACUUCUGUUAGUAUAUAACUGCCGCUAUAACGAAAUGAAACAAGUAAAAAUUAUACCAAGAAAAUGGAAGGGAAAUGGGUUACUAGGAAUAAAUUUAAGCUAUGAAUCGUCGAAUGCAAUGAAUGAAGGAGUUCGUGUAUUAGAAAUUUUUGAAGGUUCCCCUGCAUUUAAAAGUAAUUUAAUAGAAUAUAGUGACUACAUAAUAGGACAAGAGAAUAAUAUAUUUAGAAAUCAAGAUGAGUUAACAAAUUAUAUUGAUACAAACUAUUUAAAUUAUAUUAAAGAAAAAAAAACUGAACCGUUCAGGUUAUAUUUUUUUGUAUAUAAUAAAGAUACAGAGAAAAUAAGAAAAGUACAAAUAGAACCUAAUAACUCAUGGGGAUGUAAAGGAUUACUAGGAUGUAACAUAGGAACUGGAUUUAUACAUAAAAUUCCAUUUUGCAAAAAUGAUAAUUUUAUAAAAGGAUUAGAUCCAAAUAAUGUAGAAGGUCCUCAAGCUAUACAUAUUGGCAAUUCGAGUAUGAGUAGCGAAAGGAACAAUGAUGUACGUAAUGACGAUUCACCUACGAAUUUGGAACAGGGUAGUGAAGUAGGGGCUGCUAGCAAAGGUGAUAAGGUUGGCGGAAUUGCACAUAUUGGAGAUAGUGAAGGAGAGAUGGGCAGAACUAAAGGAUUUCUUAUCCCUGGAAAAGUUGGUAGUAUUGUGGACAUUGAACAUACAAUGAACAAUGAGCAAACGAAAGAAACUCAAAUAAGCAGAACCCAUAUUAGCAACAGAGAAUAUUCAAGUGAUGAUAACAAAAAUUAUAAAAAAAUGAAAACAUGUUAUUAUGUAAAUAAUAACUAUGAUACAUCUAAAUUUUCAGGAAACAUUAUUAAGAAAGACAUUUUGAAUAAUAAUAAGAAUGAUGAUGAUGAUAAUGAUGAUGAUAAUGAUGAUGCUGAUGAUGAUAAUGAUGAUGAUAAUGAUGAUGAUGAUAAUGAUAAUGAUAAUGAUGGUGGUACUGCUAAUGAUAAUGAUGGUGGUACUGCUAAUGAUAAUGAUGGUGGUACUGAUAAGAACGAAUGCGAUAUAAGUAAUACCAUCGAAUUGGCAAAAGAGGAUUUAGAAAAAUAUAGUAAAAGUGAGGAUGAUUCAUUAAGCUCGAGCGAUAAGAGAAAUGAAAAUGGUUAUGUAGAUGACUAUACAGAUUAUGUUCGAAGCAUGAGAAUAUACAGCAAAGAAAUGAAUGAAAUAUAUGAGAGUAUGAAUAAAAACAGUGAGCUAUUAAAUAGUAUAAAAAUGAGAACUGUGCAAAAUUCUUUAGAUGAAAAUUAUUCUACUAAUAGUAAUAAACUCAGCCAUACACAUGCAUAUACACAAAAAAAUGAUCAAGAACAAUUUGUUUUCCCAUAUGCAUGUGAUAAAGAAGAAAAGGAAAAAAUUUAA